CCCUUUGCCCCUUCUUCCUCUUCUCCCCACCCCCGUCUUCGUCCCCUGAGCCCCCUUCCCUCCUUCCUCCCUGCGCCGCGCUCCUGGCUGCGCCUGGGCGAGCGCGAGGUGGCCUUCCUCCUCGAGCAGGGAUAGGGUUCGCGGUCUCGGGCGGAAUGCGGAGGUCACCGCCCAACGGGGUGUCCUACCGCCGGCGCGCGAUCGAGGGGCUGGCCGCCGUGCUCCUCCUCUACGCGGUGCUCGUCUUCGUCCUCGAGUCGCCGCUCAUGUCCACCACGCUAUUGGGCGGCGGCGGCGGUGGCGGGCAGCACCUCCACCUCUCCGUCGACGGGGAGCGCGCGGCCCCCGCGCGCCCCGCCAAGGAGCCCCACCCGGCGUCCGCCUCCGUCUCCCCCGCCCGCGGCGCUGGAUUAUCUGGCAUGCUCUCCGGUCUCGACCUCCGCCUCCUCAACUCCUCACGCUCCGGGACCCUCCGCCGCUCGGUGACAGAGGCCGUCGACGGUGGCGCCCGCGUGUUCUCCGAGCUCGAGAGCCUCGACCCGGACGCCGUCGCGCCGCCCUCGCGCGACGAGGCGGACGAGAAUCCCCAGUGCGCGCAGUCCAUCGUGCUAACCGCCGAGGAGUUCAGGGAGAAGGGGCGCUUGGUGGAGCUGCCGUGCGGGCUCACGCUGGGGUCCCAUAUCACGGUGGCCGCGACGCUCCGGGCGCCGCACGCGGAGGACAACCCGAAGAUCGCCUUGCUGAGGGAAGGGGAACAGCCGAUCAUGGUGUCGCAGUUCAUGAUGGAGCUUCAGGGGCUUAAGACGGUGGACGGCGAGGACCCGCCCCGCAUCUUCCACUUCAACCCCCGCCUCCACGGCGACUGGAGCGGCAGGCCGGUGAUUGAGCAGAACACCUGCUACCGUAUGCAGUGGGGCACUCCACUCCGCUGCGAGGGCUUCAAGUCCCAUGCUGACGAGGAAACUGUGGAUGGGCUGGUCAAGUGUGAGGGGUGGAUCCGGGACAACGAAGACAGGUCCGAGGAUACGAAUACGGCUUGGUGGUUGAAUCGGCUGAUUGGGCAGAAGAAAGAGGUCAAUUUUGAUUGGCCUUUCCCUUUUGUAGAGGACCGAUUAUUUGUUCUUACUAUCAGCGCCGGAUUGGAGGGGUACCAUGUCAAUGUGGACGGGCGACAUGUGACUUCUUUCCCUUACCGCACUGGGUUUGUGCUUGAGGACGCUACAGGGUUAUCAUUGAAUGGGGACCUUGAUGUGCAAUCAGUGUUUGCAGGGUCUUUACCCACUACACACCCUAGCUUUGCCCCACAGGGUUAUCUGGAGAUGUCAACUAUUUGGCAGGCACCCCCUCUGCCUGAUGAGCCUGUUGAGAUUUUCAUUGGCAUACUGUCAUCUGGCAAUCAUUUUGCUGAGCGUAUGGCUGUGAGGAAGACAUGGAUGUCCGCUGUACGGAAGUCGUCAAACGCAGUAGCUCGUUUCUUUGUUGCUCUGCAUGGCAGAAAGGAAGUAAAUGUACAGUUGAGAAGGGAGGCAGAAUUUUUUGGGGAUAUUGUUUUUGUGCCAUUCCUGGAUAACUAUGACUUAGUUGUUCUGAAGACACUUGCGAUAUGCGAGUAUGGGGUUCAUGUUGUCUCAGCUAAAUAUGUAAUGAAGUGUGAUGAUGAUAAUUUUGUAAGACUUGAUUCUGUAAUCAGUGAAGUUAGGAAUGUACCAAGUGAUAGAAGUCUCUACAUGGGGAAUAUCAAUUUUCAUCACACACCAUUGCGCAGUGGGAAAUGGGCGGUGACUUACGAGGAGUGGCCAGAAAAGGAAUAUCCAUCCUAUGCUAAUGGCCCUGGAUAUGUUAUAUCUUCCGAUAUUGCUGAUUUUAUUUUGUCAGGAAUUAGAAACAAAACUCUCAGGCUUUUCAAAAUGGAAGACGUGAGCAUGGGUUUGUGGGUUGACCAGUUCGCUAGGACAAGACAUGUUGAAUACAUUCACAGCCUCAAGUUUUGUCAGUUUGGAUGUAUAGAGGAUUAUUAUACUGCACAUUACCAAUCGCCAAGGCUGAUGUUAUGUAUGUGGCAGAAGUUGCUGGAUGGAAAACCACAAUGUUGCAAUGUGAGAUAAUGAUAAUGAAAUCAGUAGGGGUUGACUAGUUGACUCGGCCAUAGUGGUAAUCUUCAUUAUUUGAGAAAUGAUAUGGUUUGACAAAUGAUCAUCAGGCAGAAUUGACUAAUUAUAUCAUGUUGGUACA